UUUGUAAAAAGAUGCAACGAAUUUUUAAAAGAUGGAAAAUAUCACUUUCAAAAACAACAGCGAAGAGUGAGGGUGCGUAACCGGACUCAGCUCGUAAGGAGCCGACGGGUGAGUGGAAUCACGAUUCACGCUCUAACACGCUCCGUGGGACGGCCGCAGAGAAGGUUGGUGGAAGGAAGCAGAGGGGCAUGCAGGUCCCUGCCUUGUCAGUUUGGGCUCUUGCCCAAAGAGACAUGGGCAUUUGUCACCCCAGAGCUGAGACACCCGCCACCCUUGAUACAUCCAACCCCCCAGCUUGUCCUAUGGGAGGGAGGCCUGGACAAGAGAAGGCCAAGCGAGGGAGGCUGUGACUCAUGCCAGGGAGCUAGGGGAGCGGCACAUCACCCUGGGAGAAGGCAGGGCUUCAGGCCGGGGGAGUCACUCCUCUCAGGGUUGUUCCCACCCUGUUGGCUCUGGGGUUCCCAGGGCGCCGGGACCGCGCUGGGCCUGCCCCCCUGGUGGUCAUGCUCUGUCUCUGCGGGCCUGUCCCGGGUGGGCGGCAGCCUGCCACCGGUUCCGCCCCUGCCAGACAAUGCCCGUGGAGGAGUUUGUGGCCGGCUGGAUCUCUGGAGCUCUGGGCUUGGUCCUGGGACACCCUUUUGACACUGUAAAGGUGCGGCUACAGACCCAGACCACAUACCGGGGCAUCAUCGAUUGUAUGGUUAAGACGUACCGCCAUGAGUCGCUUCUGGGCUUUUUCAAGGGAAUGAGCUUCCCCAUUGCGAGCAUAGCCGUGGUCAACUCCAUCCUGUUUGGGGUCUACAGCAACACGCUGCUGGCACUCACAGCGACUUCCCACCAGGAGCGGCGGGCCCAGCCACCCAGCUACAGGCACGUCUUCAUAGCUGGCUGCACUGGAGGGUUCGUGCAGGUCUACUGCUUGGCCCCUUUUGACCUCAUCAAAGUCCGGCUACAGAACCAGACAGAGUCGAGGGCGCGGCCGGGCAGCCCCCCGCCCCGGUACCGUGGGCCUGUGCACUGCGCGGCAUCCAUCUGCCAGGAGGAGGGGCCCCGGGGGCUCUUCCGGGGAGCCUGGGCCCUGACGCUGAGGGACACCCCCACGCUGGGCAUCUAUUUUGUCACCUAUGAGUGGCUCUGCCGCCAGUCCGCGCCCGACGGCCAGAACCCCAGCUCAGCCACAGUGCUGGUGGCCGGGGGCUUUGCAGGCAUCACCUCCUGGGCCGUGGCCACCCCCUUGGACGUGAUCAAGUCCCGGAUGCAGAUGGCGGGGCCGAAGCACAGGGUGUACCGGGGGGUCCUGGACUGCAUGGCCCGCAGCGCCCGGCAGGAGGGACUGGGGGUCUUCUUCCGGGGGCUUACGAUCAACAGCGCCCGCGCCUUUCCCGUCAACGCUGUCACGUUCCUGAGCUACGAGCACCUGCUGCGCUGGUGGGGGUGAGCGUGGCCGGGGGGCGCCCGUAGCUCCCCUGCCGACCCCCGCCCGACGGCCCAGAAGCAGGCCAAGGCGAAAGCGCCAGCCUGCCCUUCUGAGUCGAGAGGCCCGGCCCUUCCUUAUGGGCAGGCAGCCGUGGGGAGCAGGACACCUGGGGUCCUAGACUCGGGAACACAGGGCUGGCUUCAGCCUCCCAGCAGCACGGGCCUUGGCUCCCGUGCUCCCUGAGUCUGUGAAGCACACGCACCGUUCCCGGGUGCUGCUGACCUCUCUGAGGGGUGAGCUCGCAGGGCUGCUCUCCUGGGCGCUAACCACCCCCUGGAUUCCAGCAACGCGACCUCACCCUCCCCCCACGUCCCCUCCUGUCACACUGCGCCCCGCACACCCCCACUGGAGAGCAGCCUUCUAUCUCCUGCUGGUCCAGAAGCCUUCAGUGGCUCCCUUGGCCUGUGGGAAGAAUCCCCGCCGCCCCCACCGCCUGGGUGCUCUCCUCCCUGGGGUGUUGGGCAGCCCAGCCCUGCAUGCGGGGGCGGCGAGGGGCAUAGGCUGUCCUUGAUUCCCUGCUGGCCAGCCUCAGGCAGUGCCCCCAGGGUGACUCCAUCACUCCUUGGCUCAGCCCGCUCCUGGGCCCAGGCUGAGCACUGUCUCCCAGAGUCCUUCCUGGCAGAAAAGGGACCCCCCUUUGCCCCCCCACUGACUGUGGGGUUUUCAUACCACCCACCCCCCCUUACUCC